AACAGUCAAUAAGACCGCUGCAAAUUUUCUCAUCCGAUAAAUCCCACUUGGAUACAUUUUUCCGAAUGAUCUAUCCACUUCUGUACAUCAUGCUAUCGAAUAUAGACCACUAUCUUCUUCCCGUAAAACGUUUAUGUUGGCCCAUCGGAAUGUGGCCCGUAAUAGGUCCAGGAAAUUUAAAUUCUGAAAGACGUAUUUCUGAUUUACGUUCAAUUAUUGCUUUGUUCUCGAUAUUGAAUAUCGCAGUGCCGGAGCUUUUAGCGAUAAUUUUCAGCGGUGGAGAUUUAGCGGUCGUAUCACGCAUCGGUUGCGUUUUUAUAGCGGUUGCACUUAUGGGGUACAAGCUAUUAUACUUGAUGCUGAAGAAAGAAAAAUUCACUCACCUCUAUUCGAUGAUUAGAGAACUAUGGGACGCCUCUAAGGAACCGGAAGAGCGGAAAAUUUACGAAAAAUUUGCUUGGCAGGCUAGAACAUUUACGAUUCUUUUUUUCUUUUCCGGUUGUGGCAUCAACAUUACAUUCACCGUGGCAGCUGUUUUAAAUUGGAUAAAACAAUCAAAUUCUCAAAUGCGAGAUGACGAAGACUCUGAAAUACAAAGACAGCUACCGUUCGAAGUGAGUUAUGGGUUUGACAUCGAGUCUUCGCCAAACUUCGAGAUAGCCUUUGCAUUUCAAAUAUUGACCUCGAUUCCGUGUUGCUUCGCAUUCAUAGGACUCGACGCAUUCAUGUUGACCAUAAUACAUCAUGUAUCAGGACAAUUUGCUCUGCUGCAAUUUUGGUAUAGCGAUUUCAAGUUGGUGAACAAACGAUCAGCAAAAACGAAUAUUUCGCACCUUAUCAGAAGGGAUCUCAUGAGAUGCUUCCAACACCAUCAAAAAAUCAUAAGGGUGGCGGAUCAAAUCGAAGAACUUUUCAGCCCUCUUAUUUUUGCGCAAUUCAUUACGAGCGCUGCUGAAAUUUGUUUGAGUGGGUAUGCAGUGACCACUGGCUUUGACCAGAAAUCUGAUUUAAUCAGGUUUACUAAUUACCUAUUUUGUAUGACCGUUGAAUUGUUUGCAUGGUGUGCGAUCGGAGAAACAUUGAUGAAAGAAAGCGGAUCCGUAGGUGAUGCCGCUUUUCACAACUUACCAUGGCAUAUGUUACCCGUUUCUGCUCAACGAGAUAUUAAAUUCGUCAUUGCAAGAACACAAAAUAAUUGCUGCAUUACAGCAGCUCGUUUUGGCAUAAUGAACCUUGAGAAAUUUGGACAAAUCCUCAGUUCGGCAGCCUCCUAUUUCACACUUCUUGUACAACUCAAACAGUAGAAGGCAUCAUCGAUCGUUGAAAUCAUCAAUUGAAGAUCGAAAAAAUUCGUCAUGACAUUUAAAAACACGAUUUUUAAUGUAUAUUGAAGUAUUCUUGUCAAGACUCGUAAUGCUCGUAGCAAUUGAUGUUUAAUAAUAAAUCUGCAAAGUAAAAUA